AUGCCGCCUCCCUUCCGCAUCGCUGUGCUGGGGGCACAAGGCGUGGGCAAGACUGCCAUCGUGCAGCGCUUCCUCCACGAUGACUACAGCGAGUUGCCCACCCCGGCAACCAGCCGCGCCCGCCGGGUCCACCUGUCUGCUGCUGUGCUCAAUGGCCACGUGCACGACCUGCAGAUCACUGACUAUCCUGCCAUCACCAGCUUCCCCGGGAACUCAAUGCAGGAGUGGACAGACACCUGCUGCCGAGGCAUCCGCAGCGCUCACGUCUACAUCCUGGUCUAUGACAUCUGCUGCUUCGACAGCUUCGAAUACAUCAAGACCAUGCGCCAGCAGAUCCUAGAGACCAGGGUGUUGGGCACAGGCGACAUGCCCAUCCUGGUCGUGGGGAACAAGCGGGACUUGCAGCGGGGGCGUGUUAUCCCCCGCCACAACAUGUCCGACCUGGUGAGGAAGAACUGGAAGUGUGGCUACGUGGAGUGUUCGGCCAAGUUCAACUGGCACGUGCUUCUGCUGUUCGGGGAGGCUCUGCGCAGUGUGGGCUGUGCCCGCUGCAAACACGUCCAUGCAACCAUCCGCUUCCAACGGGCACUAAGAAACGAACGCUGUGCCCUCAUGUGAUUUACUCAGUGACGGUGGGUGCGCACCAGAGUGGCAUUGAGGGCCAUUGGUACAGUAAACCUCCCUAGGACCACCAUGGCUGACCACAUUUCUGUCCCGUGAAGCUACAGUAUUAACAUGUAACAGCCCUCUGUUUUGCUGCUAUCUGACUUGAUCAGGGAUGGAGAGUACCACCCUAUCCAUCUUUGUAAAGUAUCUUUGAUAUUUUCUUGAUUUGGAGGCAGCUAAACCAACCCCUUGCUGUAAAAAUUCUGAACUCGUUCAAGUACACUAAAGGAACUUUCCAGCAUCUGGGAGUCGCUCCAGACAGACAGAUUGGCUUAUGUUGUUUGACUCACCUGGACGUUGAUCGAUGUAUGACAUUGCUAAUGUCAAAGCCCUGUUUGGAGUGGGAUUGAGGUUGACAUCUGCUGAUGCAUUCUCUUUCUCUGCUCGGAUGUCUUGAAGGUGCACACUUGAGCAUAUAAUCCCCAGAGGUAGCUAUACGAAUUCCGUACACAAGCCCAUCUCAAUUAGUCCUCUGAAACCAAAACAGCCAACCAUAGGGAGAUUUCUGUUAAAUGGAGUAAUCCAAUCCAGUCCACCUUUACGCUCCACUCGCAAACAAACAACUGUGUACAUCCAUAAAUCUACAACAGUAGAAGCACAUAAGGGUGUUUAUAUACAAACACAACUCAGACCAAACCCCUGAUAUGAGACUGUUAAUGAUAUUUUUACAGUAUAAGGUCUAAAUGUAAUAAAAUACUUGAGGCUAGACAUGGUUGUCAACAUAUCGGCCUGUUCAGGUCCUCUGAACUGCUAAAUACAGCAAUAAAUGAACAUGCCAUGCUUGAAUGUUAAUAAUCUUUGGUAAAACGUAGAUAUAAGGGGGAACAA